GAAUGAAAUUUUAUACGGCAAAGCAGAUACUAUUUCAUUGGUGGAAAUGUACAUGACAGCUUUCAUUUCUGUCGCUGACAAAUGCCACACAUCCUUGCUUGUCUUUGAUUGAUUCUUUUCGUUGUCAAGCAAGAUGGCGGACCAGACGGAACGUUCAUUUCAAAAGCAACCAACUGUUUUCUUGAACCGUAAGAAAGGAAUUGGUGUGAAGCGUAGCCGCAAACCACUGAGGUACCACAAAGAUGUGGGACUCGGGUUCAAAACUCCUCGAGAGGCUAUUGAAGGCACAUACAUUGACAAGAAAUGCCCAUUCACUGGCAAUGUCUCAAUCCGUGGCCGCAUCCUGACAGGAGUGGUGCAGAAAAUGAAGAUGCAGCGCACCAUUGUCAUCAGGAGAGACUACCUCCACUACCUGCCUAAAUACAACAGAUUUGAGAAGCGACACAGAAAUAUGUCUGUGCAUCUGUCACCUUGCUUCAGGGACGUGGAACUCGGAGAUAUCGUGACAAUUGGUGAAUGCCGGCCGCUCUCCAAGACUGUGAGGUUCAACGUACUGAAGGUGUCCAAGGGCAAGGGAUCCAAGAAAUCCUUCAAAAAGUUCUAAUGUAAUAAACUUACUUUAUAAGUA